AACCGCUGAGACGCCUGAAAGUACCAAAGGCUGGGAGAUGAAAGAGAUGAAGAAUUUUGAUGCAAAAUCCAAUUUAAACAUCUAAACCUCUGAAUGUUAUGCCAAGGAGAAAAGGUGAUUUUAGCACUGGCUUGCACCACUUUCACCACUGUUACUGUCCCAUUACAGCCACAGGAGAUGUGGUCCAGGCACAUCUCCUUUCUGGUGACCAAUGAGCAGAUGCAAGGGAAUGGUAUGAAGCUGCAUCACAGGAGGUCUAGCUUAGAUAUUAGGAAAAACUUCACCCAGAGGGUGUUCAGGAACAGCCUCCUCAAGAAAGUGGUCAUGGCCCCAGGCCCACCAGACUUCAAGAGGUGUUUGGAAAAUACUCUGAGGCACAUGGUGUAUAAUUCUUGUGGCUGUACUGUGCACAGUCAGGAGCUGGACUUGAACUUUGUAUGUCCCUUCCAGCUGACAAUAUUCUAUGAUUUGAUGAUCCCUGUUUUCAGUUUUGGACAUUUUCGUUUUAGUUUUGAAAGCUGUCAGUCUUCCAGCCACAAGGACUAAUGGCCAAGACAUACGUGAGUGGAGAAAUGAGGAUUCUCCUGUUCCACACAUUUUAGAUCAGUACUCCGUAUUUACUGCAUAACAUUUGUAGAUAUGUUACGUACCAGCAAUCCUAGUUGUUAAAAGCAGGCAUGCUGGAUCUUUUCAUAAAAGAUGCAUUUUAAGGAGUAGGUUGUUGAAUCUUUACUAAUGAGAGUUUUUCUUCUCAAAACGAGAACACAGUAUUUCUUGGUACUGUAAAGUGUGACAAAUUGAACUUGGCACAUAUAACUGGUUCACUAGCUGCCCUUCUGCCAGGCUCUCCAUAUGGCCUCCUUGACAGGCAUUUGCAAAUUGUCCGUCUGAAGCAGUAUAUUAUAUAUGAAUUGAGGUUUAAUGCAUUUCCCACAAGGUAAGGAUAGAAUGCACAACUUCUAGAAAUGAUCUUUGCAGUAUAAUUUACUGUAUAUUUUAUCUGUAGUAAUAUAAUGACCACACUUAAAUCUCCACUUAUUGCAUGUAUCACCAUAAGGACCAUAAAGCAUUGAACAUGAAGCACCAGAACACUUGUCAUAUGAAAUGUAUAUUCACAGGAAGAAACAUUUUUAUGGUUUUGAUUUGACCCUGGGCCAUACUGUGUACAAAAAGAGAGAACACACUAGCUUGUUUGCUGAAAUAGGAAGCAUUCACUGGCUAUCUCGUGAAAGACUGAGAGAAUUUGAGGUCAGAACAGAUCAAGCUUAGCAAACUCCCACAGCUUGGUGAAAAGGUGGGAAGCGGCACAUACAAUUCGCCUUUUGUCUUAAUGGGUGCACUCAGUCAACUCCUCCUCAGCAGCUUCCUUCAUUUCACCUCUUGGGACUCUCUUCAUUUCAGCUCUUCUUGACUUUCCAGUUCGGUACAACCUCCCACACUCAAACCCAGUGGCACCCAACGCAGUUCCCGGUAGCUCCUCCCUCGAGUGCUGGACACCCUUUACUCUGUGGGGAUAUGCACAUUUGACGCUGUUUUCCUUCCAGUGCUCCCCACGGUGGCUGCCUCGAAAAUCCACGCAGGGCCCAUACCCUGCUGCACAAUCUCUGGGUACGACUGUCCACAGCGCUGGCAAACCUCUUCUUAUCGCACUGCCCACGGGCACAUACCCAGCGCAGCAUCUCCAGCUCUUUCAGCAAAAUUCAGAAGUGAAGGUCACCCCACCAUUUGUCCUGAGUUUCCAGGGUACCUCGCAGCCAGACCUGUCGCUACCUGUUGCCUCUCAUUGGGCUCCGGAGCGCUCCCGGCCGGCCCCGCUUCCCCACCGCUCUUCCCACCCGGGAGACGCGUUGUGCCCUGGAGCCAGCAACAACCCUACUGCCGCUCGUGUGGCUCCCCCGGGCUCCGCACGGAGCUGCCCGGGCUGGGGCUGGGGCGGGGAGCGGCGCGGCGAGGCCGUGGGCGGAGCGGAGCGGAGCUUCCUCCGCCGCUUCCUGCCGCCGCCGCGCCCGCCCGCCGCCGCCCGCCGCUCCUAAGCAACAGAUGCGGGUGAAAGAUCCAUCAAGAACCAACCCUGAGAAGCCAAAGAGAAGCAAAAGGCCUAACAGGCCACAGGAUGAGGACUCUUCAGAUGAUAUUUCAGGGUUAACCUGCCAGCACGUGAGCCAAGCAGUGGACGUGCACCAUGUGAAGAGAGCGGUGGCUCAGAGCGUGUGGUCAAUCUGUGCAGAAUGCCUGAAGGAGAGGCGGAUGAGCGAUGGUGAGCCUGUGACGCCUUCAGACAUCUGGCUGUGUCUCAAAUGUGGCUCUCAGGGAUGUAGUAAGAAUUCGGAAGGCCAGCAUUCUCUGAAACACUUCCAAACUGCACGCACAGAACCUCAUUGCAUCGUUAUCAACCUCAGCACAUGGAUCAUAUGGUGUUAUGAAUGUGAUGAAGAGCUGUCAACGCAUUGCAACAAAAAGGUUCUGGCUCAGAUAGUUGAUUUCCUUCAAAAACAUGGUGCCAGGGCUGAACCAAGUUCAUCAAAAAUCAUACGUCUUCGUGAAGAAAACAGUGAAACAAGUGAUAUACUGAAAGGAAAAAGCUCUGGUAAUGGUGCAUCAGUUCCAGUUAAAGGAAUAAAUAAUUUAGGAAAUACCUGCUUUUUUAAUGCUGUCAUGCAGAACUUGGCACAGACUCACGUACUAAAUGAACUGAUGUAUGAGAUAAAGGAGAAAGGAACAAAGUUAAAAAUCUGUCAUACUUCAGAUUCUCAAUUGGAUCCUUUGGUGGUAAACCUGUCCAGCCCAGGACCUCUGACUUCAGCAAUGUUCUUGUUCCUUCACAGCAUGAGGGAGGCUGGAAAAGGUCCUCUGUCUCCAAAAGUGCUGUUCAGCCAGCUUUGUCAAAAGGCUCCUCGAUUUAAGGGGUUCCAGCAGCAGGACAGCCAGGAGCUUCUUCACUAUCUGUUGGAUGCAAUCAGGAUUGAGGAGACAAAACGUAUACAAACUGGUAUCUUAAAAGCAUUCAAUAACCCAACUACCAAGACAGCAGAUGAAGAAACAAGAAGGAAAGUCAAAGCAUAUGGAAGAGAGGGUGUGAAGAUGAACUUCAUAGAUAGGAUCUUUGUUGGUGAAUUGACUAGCACUGUCAUGUGUGAGGAAUGUGAAAAUAUUUCAACAGUAAAAGAACCUUUCAUUGAUCUUUCACUUCCUAUAAUAGAGGAGAGGGUUGCAAAACCUGUGCCUUUGGGAAGAACAGGUAAAAGUAAAAGUGUACAGGAGGCAGAUCUUGGUCAGUAUAAUUGUUCUUCUAUCGGUACACUGAAUAAUCAACCCAAAAUUGUCAAGAAACACACUUUAACAAAAGAUAAGAAUCAGUUGAACCAUGAGAGACGGCUUGCCAGAAAAGCUUCCUCAAAGGAAGAAGAAAGAAGUCCUGUUAUCAUGCAGGAAAAAGCCAGAAAGCUUGAGCUGGAAGGUAGCUCUGGUGUGCUGUACUCCAAAGACCCCUCUGCAGAGGCAGCUGUCAAUGGAAGCCAGACGGAGGGCAGUGAGAAGGAAGCCAGCCGCUCCGAAAGCAGCUUUGAUGCAGACAGUGAAGCCUCAGAAAGUGAAAGUGCUUCUAAGCAAACAGCUUUGAGCCCACCUAGCAGUGUGUCUGGUGCUCAUGUCAACCAUUUAAACCCUAAAGCGCCGCACAACAAGCCGAGCGACAGCAAUGAAGAGAUGAUUUCCAGUGCCAUAUCCAAGCUUAACUUCUGUGAUCCUGUAAACGAAGAUAAAAAAUCAAGCUGUGGAGAUCCAGCAUUAGGUUUAUCAAAUAAUUCCAUGUUCUCAGUAGGCAAACCCUCACUAUCCCAAAACCCUCAAAAUGCUUUCCAGACACUUUCCCAAAGCUACAUAACUAGCUCAAAGGAAUGUUCUGUUCAGUCCUGCCUGUACCAGUUCACCUCUGUAGAGCUCUUAAUGGGGAACAACAAGCUUUUAUGUGAGAGCUGCACAGAAAGGAAACAGAAAUAUCAGAAGAAAACCAACUCCACAGAAAAGAAAAUGGAAGGUGUCUACACAAAUGCUCGGAAACAGCUCCUGAUUUCUUCAGUUCCUGCUAUUCUUAUUCUUCACCUGAAAAGAUUCCACCAGGCUGGUUUGAGUCUACGGAAAGUAAAUAGGCAUGUGGAUUUCCCAUUGAUUUUAGACUUAGCACCAUUUUGUGCUGCAUCUUGCAAGAAUGUUAUGGAUGGUGCAAGAGUGCUGUAUAGUCUUUAUGGCAUAGUGGAGCACAGUGGCUCAAUGAGAGGUGGUCAUUAUGCGGCGUAUGUGAAAGUCAGGACAUCCUCCAAGAAGUUGCUAGAGCAUAUUUCUACCACUAAAACUGUUCUGGGUUUAAAAGAAGCCAUGGGAGCAUCAGGAGGACAAUGGGUGUACGUUAGUGAUGCCCAUGUUCAGAUGGUUCCAGAAUCAAGAGUACUAAAUGCACAAGCAUAUCUACUUUUUUAUGAAAGAUUAUUACUAUAAUUCUUAACAGUUUAAUUUCAAAGAUGAUAGUGUUAAUUAGUUUACCUUAUUUAAAGCUGCAGUGAUAAGAGUACCUGUAAAUAUUGUGCCUUUAUCUUGUAGAGAAUUUAUCAUAUUUUGACUCUCAAGUUCAGUUAAGCUAUUAUAAAUAUCUGAAUGAUUCUCUUAAAGUAUGCACUUUGCCAAACAUGUAAAAUUCCUGUGUUCAUUAAAACGCAGUACCGUUAGAAUGUAAGAUGAUGUCCUAUCCUACUGAGGUCUAGGGAAAGUUUGUUUUUGAUUAUAAUAAAGAUAAGCUUUUGCCCAUAGUUCUAGAACAGUUGAGAAUAGAAAUACUGAUAGCGCUAAGUGCCUGGAUUUGCUGGUGUACAGUAACAAUACAAGGUGUUCAACUUCUUUUGAUCCAGUCCAGACCCUUCCCAUCACUGGGCUGGAUGUCAGCUGUUAAGAUUUCUGUAAACAAGAGCCUGUCAAAUAGUGUUGUUUCCGUGUCUAGUAAUUGGAAAGCAGAGUCCUUCCAGAAUGGAUUAACAACAGCUGUCUCUGGGUAAUGCUUCAGUGCACUUUCCUGAUAAGAGCUGGGAAUAGGUUGGGAAAACAUAGCUUCUAAAUAGUGACAGUGAAUCCUCAGAUACCCAAUACCCUUUCAGUUGUCCCCAACCAGCACUGGUAUAGCAAUGUACUCCUGUUUCAAUAUAAAUAUGUACUUGGUGUGCAUCAAGUAUAUCUCUGAGAUAUAUACACACACCAUAAAUCCAUCAAUAGUUAUUGUCAUUUUACCUUCUAGGAAAGAGAAUUGCAAAUAAUUUCUGUAUUUAGUAAUUUUUCAACUUCACAAUUAUGACAAUGUACAGCAUAUAAGCUUGUAUAUGUACAGAAUUUAAGCGUAAUUCAGUAAAUUCUGUUACUUUUUGUUCCAAAUAUGAACUUGUUUAUCUGUUCCUGAAUACUUUUCUCACAGGAGUAAUAAACUAUAAAUUAUUUUUGCACUGUGUGUGUGAGAUGGACAGUAAAUUAUGACUUUUGCCCUCUGAUAAAUGUCUGGACUUCCUUUUGUCAGCAGUGGGGGACAGCAGGUGUCCUAAUGGCAGACCUGGUUUCUGUAGACUGUUUGACUGCCCUGUUUUGAGGUGUUACUUCCUUUGGUAAUUUCUCAUUUCCAUCCCACAGAGUAAUAGAUACAUUCUAAGGUCAAGACUUCAUGACUACGUGAAGUUAAGUGGUAAUUAAUUUCUUUAAUAAGCAGUUGCUUAAAUACAAAUUACUUCUGUAACAGUUCCAUCCUGUAUGACUUCCUCUUUGGUAGAGAAAAAAAUGUUAAUAUAUGCUUACUGUUUUAAUUUAUGUUAAUGUUUUUUUUAAAUGAAAAAACAUGCUGUCCCUAUUACUGUCUGUACCACAUGUUGUCAUACCUACCUGCCUGACUCUCCUAUUCUCUACAUCUGUUUCGGAGCUUCAUCCCACUUGCAUUCCCUCUUUUGCAUAAGAAAAUGGCACAAUCUGCUAGAAUUGCACUUGCUCAAACUGCUGAGGUGUAUCUCACAGCCACAUGACUUGCACGUUUGUCUGCAGGCACUAAGGAUUGUUAGGCCAUGCACCUGACAGUCAUAAUGGAGCGAGCCUCUGGUUGCACAGGAUUUUAUUUUCAAAAGGAAAACUUCUCUGUUUAGAUCAAAAUUAGGCUAUGUGUUUUGGCCAAAACCAUGCUUUUUUUCCUUCUACAAAGUAAAAUUGUCUCAGUCUACCCAAAAGUAGUAAAACACAGGGAAACCAAGCAGCCAGCUCUAGCCAUCUGUAUUCCAGCUAACAACAUCUUAAGCUAAGUCUACACUAAGUUAGAAAGAUAAUGUUUAGAUGAGAGUUGGUUAAAACACCUUAAUUCUCUUUUAGCCUCUUAUCUUCCCAUACCAAUCAUCCACCUACAUACACCUUUCUCCUCUGUGUGUAACUGUUCAAAACUCAGAAUUAGUACCAGGCAACAGUUGUAGCAAAUAGCAACUAAGUGUCACUUAUGUGAUACAAUCUUGCCAGGAGGAUACAUGGAGUGAAUCCUCCACCCUAAAGCAGGCAGAGUGAAUAGCUGACACCUGAAGUUCCUCCUUUUGCUGACUUCUGUAAAACUACUGAAUUUUAAGUACCUGUAUUAAUCUGAUUUUUAGCCUAGAACUACUUGCCUAGACUGCACAACUAGGAGAGAAACAGAACAAGGUUCUUAACCUGUUACUUCUUAGUUGUAAUGCUAUUUUCAGGAAAUUUGUGAGGCUGUCUUUGCUUCUUUUUAACUGUUUUUGCAAACUGUUUGCUGAAAUUUUCCCAAGUGGACAUAACUACCUAGGAUGCCACAGAAGAUGCUGGCAGGAUUAUUUUCUCAUUAACAGCCAGGGAACAUUUACUUGUAUUUACAAGUAUUUUAUAGAACAUGGAGAGAAAGUGCCAUGAAAAAUAGCCAACACCUUUAUUCAAGAUAGCCAUCACUGUUGCUUCUAGAUGAGGCGUUCUGAGUUGAAAUAAAAAGCUGUGUUGGCAGGAACUCUGUAAGCCUUGAGUCAGGAACUGGUAUGAAAAUAUGAUAGAAAGAAGCAGUUUCUAAAAAUAAAGGCAAUAGGUGAAGUUAUGCCUUCAAAAUGAAAAAAACUAUGACCAAUGCAAGAUGUUACACACAAUUUUAGAUGCAAGUCACAAUGUCCUUUACACAGACAUAAUUUUUUUUGCGUGAAGUUUGGCUCUAAAGAAACUACAGACGUGUAUACUGAAGACUUCUUGUAAUACUUUAUCAGAAAUUGGAAAAGAAGCUCAGAGCAUUCUGAGAAUACCAGAGUAUACAUCCUAUAUGUGCUAGAAUGUUAAAUAUGAUUCUAGAGUCAAGGAACUGGCAGUUUCCUGCAACUGCCAGAUGUGUGCACACUAUUGUAAAGCUGUAUAUUUUCAGAAUUUAAGUGAAGGGCUUGAAAGUUUAAGACUCUCCUUAAAAUGUCUUAUAUUACCAACCAAAAAUCUCUUUAGGCCUACAGCAUGUACUCUUUACAGAGCUUCACCACAAUUUUGUGGUCCCCCAUCCUGAAAAAGUGCAGUAGCCUGGGUCUUCAUGUGGCAUAGCUUCAAAAUGGCUUUCUCUUCAUCCCACCCUUCUCACACAGGCACCACUGUUUUCUUCAUCAGCCCCAUUUGUUCUUUAUGUUUUUGGGGUCUCCAUAAGCCUCUGUGUCAAUGUCUUUGCUUUCAUUGAUCCUUAAGCAUAAUAUAGUGGUUCCCAAUCUCAUCACUUAUUCUGUGAACGUGCAAAGCUCUUGCAGGAAAAGCUACUGUAGCUGUAGUCUGGUCUGUCUCCAGUACCACACUGGCUCUGCCUACAGGCUGCAAUACCCCUGAGAAAAGCUGUGACUCCUGAACAGCUCUCUGCUGACCAGUCACAAGACAAUGCCUGUAAAACAAAGGAUUCAAAUUAGAUAGUUCCUCACUCAUCAGCAAGUAAACCUCACCUAUGGGAAGUACCUGAUUUACAUAUAUGGACAACUGGAACUCCAUACAAGUUUUCCCAGAACAGAGACAUCAACAAAGAUGACUGUAUCACCUAAGAGUUAGUACAGAUUAUAAAAAAGACCUUUGUUAUCUUUGGGUUUAUAUAUCAUUUACACCAAAAGUGGCAAAAAAUGAUGGAGAGAUUUAUUAUAACAACCUAUCUACAAUAUGUGUACAGACAUCAUGUUUGCAUUAGUCUGUUCUCCUAAGAGAUGGCUACAAAUAGAGGUGAAGGAAAAACAAACCCUGAACUUUGCUGCCCAGAGUGUAUACACUGUAAUUGCCUUUGUUUAGAAAAUUAAAUCUAUGCAGUCUGCCAAACCUUCCUUCCUUUCCCAUCUGCACCCUCUGUGUGUAUCAAUGAAGUGCUCUUGCCUAUGGAUUUCAAGUGGUAGCAGGUGAGAGUGGUUUAUAAAUUCAUUAAAAGGCUGAAAUGUCUUAACUUCACCAUUUGCUUCUCUGUACACUUCUUUUUUAUACUAACAUAAACUGAAUCAUAAAGGGGCAUGAAAUGAACACAUCUACAUUCUCAACCUGUUAUAAAAAUCUUAUUUGAACAUAUUGGUAACAAACUAAGAAAGGAGUAAUUUAUUUAGUAGAAACUCUGAGAUGUAUUAAAAAGGAAACAAAUUAGAUGGGAACAAAGAAAGCAUUUAAAUACAAUUCUUCUGUUAACAAAAAUUUGCAAAUUCAAUUUUCAUUAGAAAAUAGUAGCACACCUCAGAAAGCAGCUUUACAGCAGCCCUGAUUAAACAAAGAUUUGAUAUUCCUUAGUUUUCAAUAUCUGGACUCUGUUUUGCUAUACCCUGUACACAUUUAUGCAUUUGUACAAAGAUUUAUAUAUCUAUGUGAAAGAAAUACCACUAUUCUUUGGUAGAACCAUUUUUAAUUUAUUAUUAACCAUUUAAUUAUUUUAGAACCAAUUAUUGUUGCUUCUAUGUCUGUUUACCAUGUCUUAGGCUGUUAUUUUGCCAGCUGUUCUAGCUGUUGUCCUUCUCCUAUUGGUGUAUAAACAAAACGCAGAAGUGGUGGAAAAGUGAUUAUUCAAAAUGAUUCAUAAUCUAUUUUUUUUUUGUAAAUUAGAUUAUGAAAUAUAUUUUCAGAUGGAUGUCUGUUCAUCCAAGUCAAAACACUUCUUUGCACAUUACAUAAGAAAUCUAAGUGAAUUUAUAUGUUACAAUAAUUGCAAUGCAUUGCAACCACUUCAAAACUAGUUAGUGCAAAUUCCACUUAAAAAAUUUAUAAAUACUUCUAUCUUCAUUGAUAGUAGAGAAAACUAACUUUUAAGUGUCUAGAGUGUUUCUUACAUCUAUUGCAGCUUCCAGUAUUUUUCUAGUACAAAAUAUAAAGGUGCAGUACUGCUUUUAAAAGAAAACAAGAGCAUUUAUUUUGAGUGGGAUUAUGACCUUUUAGCAAUUUCCUCAUUGCUUUGCUAGUUUAGGUUUUUUUUGCUUUUGAGCUGUGUAACCUGGGAAUUAUUUUAGUGUAUUCUGUAAUGAAACCACCAUGUCAACCAUUCCCUAUUUAGCCAUUCCACAAAGUUGAGUUCUGAUUCUUCUGUCAUUUGUACAUGGAGAUAAUCCCUGAUAUGGUCAUAUGUGCUUGCAUUUACACAAAAGACAAUCUAAGUAAUCAAAAAUCUUGUUGCUAAGUUCAAAAUACUUGUGAGCAAUAAAUCAAGCAUGUUAAAAGUUU